AUGUCAACAUCGCCAAUUGAAUUUAAAUUAUUUGCUCCAAAUAAUAAACAAGUUGAAUUGUUGAUUGCUCAUACUCAAGAUCGCCCGUCACGUCAACGAAUUCCUAUGGUAAAAGAUGAACAAACUGGUUAUUUUCAUUGUCAAGUAUCCAAUCUUCAAGAUGGCGAUUAUGAAUAUCGAUUUCAUCUACAAACUUGUUCACCAAAUCAUAAACCAGACGAAUGGCUAGAUGUUAUUGAUCCAUGUGUUACUCAAUACGAUGCAAUCAAUGAUGAAGGUAUAGUAACAGUGAAACAAGGACGAAGGCUUAUAUCUGGUUGUGAUGAUUAUCAAUGGCGAAAUGAUCACAUUAAAUUACCGGAAAAUAAAGAUAUAAUUAUCUACGAAUUGUACAUAUCUGAUUUCACAGACGAAGGCACGCUGAAUGCCAUUAUUGAUACGGGUAAAUUGGAUUAUCUAAGUCAAGAACUAGGAAUCAAUGCUAUUGAACUCAUGCCUAUUCAAGAAUCAAUGGGUAUGGCACACGAUUGGGGUUACUCAACACGACAUUACUUUGCUCUGAAACAUUCUUAUGGAUCACCUGAAGAUCUAAAGCGAUUUGUUGACGAGUGUCAUGGACGUGGAAUUCGUGUGAUUUUAGAUGGUGUUUAUACAUUUUCAAACAAUGAUUGUCCGUUGUUACAAAUAGAUAAAAACUAUUGGUAUUAUGCUGAUCGUCACCAUCCAGAUGAUCCAAAUUACUGGGGACCCGAAUUUAACUAUGAAUAUUACGAUGAUCAAUUGAAAAUCAAACCUGCUUGUGACUAUAUCAGUGCCGUAGCGAAUUAUUGGUUGGCAGAAUAUCAUUUGGAUGCAAUCAGAUUUGAUUCAGUUAAAGAGUUGGACAAUUUUGAUAUUCUACGUCGAUUAGUCUCUGAAUGUACAGAAAAACGAGCACCACAACCGUUUCUUACUAUUGCCGAAUAUAUACCUGAUACUUCUAAAAUUGUCAAAUGUGGUGAUGGUCCAUUGGAUUCUUGUUGGUCCACUGCUUUUCAUAUGGAUAUCAUUUCAAAUUUAAUGAAUGAUACAGAAUUUAGUUUUGACAAAAUCAAACGUUGUUUAGAUAUUCGUCAGCAAGGCUAUUCGUCACCUCUGGCACUAGUGAACUACAUUUCAAGUCAUGAUAAUCAGCAUAUGUUAUUUCAACUACAACAACAUCACAUUAUGAAUGAUGAUGCUUUUGAACGGCUUGAAUUGGCAGCUAUAUUAUUGAUGACAGCAAUGGGCAUACCAAUGAUAUGGAUGGGAACGGAACUCGGAGAAGCCAGAGAAUCAACAAGUGAUCAGCAUCAGAAAGAUAGGAAAACUAAUUGGCAAGUAUUAGAUGCACCUGUAUCUCCUUAUCGUACUUUACUGAACACUUUUAAACAAGUCAUUAAACUUCGACGUCAACUUACAGCAUUACGUAGUGAUAAUCUGGAAUUUUUCUUCGAACAUUAUGAUGACCGAGUUCUGGCGUACAGUAGACGAUCGAAUGAUAACGAUUUAGUUCUAGUUAUUGCUCACUUCUCACCGAAUAACAGAGAUGGAUAUAUUGUGAAAAAUAUUCCUGCUAAAGAAGGUACCCAAUUCGUUAAUGGAAUGGAUGAAAACGAAGUUUUCCGUAUUGAAAAUGGAACAAAUGAACUGAAAAUGAAUUUGAAACCAUUUGAAGGCAAAAUAUUGAUAAAGAAAUAG